CAUCUGCUCUGCACUGCUCCUCCUUUUCCCUAAUGAAUACUUUAUCCACUUUUCUUCUAGUAUUUCUGUUCUCAUUAAGCUUAGCAUGUGGUGCAACUCCUUGUGAUUUUCCGGCCAUAUUCAACUUCGGCGACUCCAAUUCCGACACAGGCGGCCUCUCCGCAGCUUUCGGCCAGGCUGGCCCGCCCGCCGGGGAGUCCUUCUUCCAUGGCCCCGCCGGCCGCUAUUGUGAUGGCAGACUUGUCAUAGAUUUUAUAGCUGAGAGCUUUGGACUGCCAUAUCUGAGUGCAUUUCUAGAUUCCGUGGGCUCUAACUUCAGCCAUGGAGCCAACUUUGCCACAGCUGGAUCCACUAUAAGACCUCAAAACACAACUCUACAUCAGAGUGGUUUCAGCCCCAUAUCUCUAAACGUGCAGUUUUACGAGUUCAAUGAUUUCAAGCACAGAUCUCAGCUCGUCCGGAAAAAGGGGGGAGUUUUCAAAAGACUGUUGCCUAAGGCACGAGUAUUUUCUCAAGCCUUGUACACUUUCGACAUUGGACAGAAUGAUUUAACCGCGGGUUACUUCCUCAACAUGACUACUGAUGAAGUUAAAGCAUAUAUACCUGAUGUGUUAGGCCAAUUCAAAACCUAUGUUAAGGAUAUACACCAUCUUGGGGGUAGGUCAUUCUGGAUACACAACACAGGGCCAGUAGGUUGCUUGGCAUAUGUCCUGGACCGGGUUCCAGUCGAGCCCGGACAAAUAGAUAAGGCCGGAUGUGCAGAUCCAUUCAACCAAGUUGCCAAAUAUUUCAACCGCAAAUUGAAUGAAACUGUUGUGCAGCUGAGGAAGGAACUUCCCUCAGCAGCCUUAACCUAUGUCGAUGUCUACUCAGUCAAGUAUGAGCUUUUCACCCAAGCUAGGAAACAUGGCUUUGCCAAUCCUCUGCGUUCUUGCUGUGGGCAUGGAGGAAAGCACAACUACGACUUGCAUGUGGGAUGUGGGGCAAAGAUCAAAGUGAGAGGAAAAGAAAUAUUGGUGGGAAAACCGUGCAAAGAUCCGUCAGUUGCAGUUGUUUGGGACGGAGUGCAUUAUACUCAGGCUGCUAAUAAAUGGAUCUUUGAUCAGAUUGUGAGUGGUGCUUAUUCAGAUCCUCCAAUUUCUUUGAAAGAGGCUUGCCACAGGCAUUAAGGGGGCGUUGCUUCCAAGCUCAAUCUCAAAAUACAGUUGUCAGUUCACUAAUGAUGUGUUAUAGAAUUCAUCUCAAUCAUGUAGGCAACAAACAAGUGAGCUCAAGGUAAAAACUAGUUGAAUUUGAAAGCAAAA